GUUUCUGCGUCUGGGGCGCGUCAGAAGCGCGAUGUGGGGGAUCCAGCGGAGCCGGUACGCGGACUGCAACGGCUCCGAGGCCAGCGAGGAGGCGGAGGUCGUGGUGAACAUCGGCGGCGUGAAGCAGGUGCUGCACGGGGACAUGCUCACCCGCUUCCCGGACACUCGACUGGCGGAGCUGGUGGACUGCUCCACCAAGUCUCUGGAGGAAAUGUCCUCCCUGUGUGACGACUAUGACCCGGACAGCGGGGAGUUUUAUUUUGACAGAGACCCCGAAGCGUUCAAGUGCGUGAUCGAGUUGUAUUAUUACGGAGAGAUCCACAUGAAGAGAGGCAUCUGCCCCAUGUGCUUCAUGAAGGAGAUGGACUUCUGGAAAAUCGGCUCGGACUUUCUUGAUGAGUGCUGUAAAAGCCACCUGAAGGAGGUGGAGGAUGAGCUCGCGGAGAUCGCUGAGCGGGUGAGAGCCAUCCUGGUGGACCGAGAAGGAGAUCCGGACGCAGGAGGCUGGCAGCGCUUCCAGGUGUCCCUCUGGAGGCUCAUGGAGAAGCCGGAGUCCUCGCUCCCCGCGCACAUCAUCGCCAUCCUUUCAUUCAUCUUCAUCCUCAUCUCGUCUGUGGUGAUGUGCGUGGGCACCAUCCCCGACCUGCAGGUGGAGGACUCGGAGGGGAACCUCGCGGAGCACCCCACCCUGGAGGUCAUCGAGACGGUGUGCAUCGGCUGGUUCACCGUGGAGUACCUCCUCCGGCUCAUCUCCUCCCCGAACAAAGUCAAGUUCGUGUUGUCCUUCAUGAACAUCAUCGACUUCAUGGCCAUCAUGCCCUUCUUCGUGGUGCUGGUCCUCACCUCCUUCGGCGCGGGAGUCAUGGAGCUGGCCAACGUGCAGCAGGCCAUCCAGGCUUUACGCAUCAUGCGCAUUGCGCGCAUUUUCAAGCUGGCGCGCCACUCCUCGGGACUCCAGACCCUCACGGCGGCUCUGAAGAGCAGCUUGAAGGAGCUCGGGCUGCUCCUCAUGUACAUGGGCGUGGGGGUGUUCCUCUUCUCUGCGCUGGGCUACACCAUGGAGCAGAACCACCCGGACACCCUGUUCACCAGCAUCCCGCAGUCGUUCUGGUGGGCGGUGAUCACCAUGACCACGGUGGGCUACGGGGACGUGUACCCCAAAACCACUUUAGGUCGGUGCAACGCGGCCAUCAGCUUCCUGUGCGGGGUCAUCGCCAUCGCGCUGCCCAUCCACCCCAUCAUCAACAACUUCGUGCUGUUCUACAACAAGCAGCAGGUGCUGGACACCGCGGCCAAGCACGAGAUCGAGCUGAUGGCGCUGCGCACGGGCGAGGGCGAGCUGGAGGACGCGCCGGAGCGCCGGGGACACGUGCGCGGCUCCGGCGCGCGGGGUUGGGACCACUCCAUCAGCAGCUCCUCGUGCCAAAGCGACACGUUCUUACCUCUAAUGAAGGGUCCCGGGGGAGGGGCGCGCAUCCAGACCCCCAGCAUGGCGACGAGCUUGGAGAGCACAGCUGAGGCCACUUCAUAAACUAAAACUAAACAAAAAGUUGCCUGAUCUGAGAGAAGACGCACCA